CAGAAAAAGGUCCAGUUGUUGAUCCAAUAAUACCGUGAUUGAUUUAAAAUGUUCAUUGAAUUUUUGUUGUUCAUAGUAACAGUAACUCUUAUGCUCUCUUCUUACAUUCGGUUAAGUAGAAAUGGCAGGUAUAUUAGUAAAAUUCCAGGGCCAAUUCCGUUGCCGGUAAUAGGCAACCUGUAUAUUGCAUUCACGGCAACAAAGAUGACAGAUUUAUGGACUCUGGUAAGAAAUUGGGAUGUAAAAUAUUAUCCUAUUUACAAACUCUGGACCACUCAUUGGGGCGCUGUAUUUAUUACUCAUCCUGAUGAUAUUGAGAAAACAUUUUCAAACAUGCGCCACAUAAAAAAAAGUAUUAUUUACUCUCUCCUUCAUAAGUGGUUAGGUUUUGGUUUAUUAACUAGUGAUGGCGAAAAAUGGCAAAAAAGGCGAAAAAUGCUGACACCUGCCUUCCACUUCAACGUUUUGCAGAAAUAUUUUGAGAGCAUUUUUGAAAAUGGAGAAAAAACGAUGGAAAAGUUAAGAUUGGCAGGCGAGGCUGUGCACAAUGUUGUUGAUAUCGCAUCAAUAUACACUUUGAAUGUUAUCUGCGAAACAGCAAUGGGUGUUAAAUUCACUGAUGAGAAUGCUCGAAACGAAUAUAAAGAUGGAAUUCAUACUAUUGGAGACUGUCUAGUGUACAGAAUUCAAAGACCGUGGUUUGCACCAGAUUUUACGUUUUACAAUUUAUCGAAAAAAGGACGUCAAUGUAGUAAAGCAUUGAAAAGUCUACACAAUUUCACAAGACAAAUUAUUCAAGAGAGAAAAGAGUUUCAUGAAAAAACAAAUGGUCAUUUUUUAAACGAAUUCACCGAUUCAAGUAUAAACCCAUCUGAUAAUGUAUAUCAUGGAUAUCCCAAAAAACGCUUGGCAAUGCUCGACUUAUUGAUCGCAGCGCAACGGAAUGGUGGAUUAAUCGACGACGCAGGAAUACAAGAAGAAGUGGACACAUUUACAUUUGAAGGCCACGACACUUCGGCCAUGGCGCUAAGUUUCAUUAUGCUUUUAAUAGCAGAACAUACAGACGUACAAGAGCGUAUUCGUAAUGAAAUUAUCCGAUCGCGCAAUGAAAAUAAUGGAAGACUAGGAAUAGUGGAGAUUCAACGCUGUAGCUAUCUCGAGAUGUGCAUCAAAGAGUGUUUACGUCUGUAUCCAAGUGUUCAGUUCAUAUCGCGCAGUAUCGAAGAAGAUCUACAACUCACUAAUUAUCUUGUUCCUAAAGGCACUAUUCUUCAAGUAAACAUCUAUUCGGUUCACCGAGAUCCAAAUUAUUGGCCUGAACCAGAUAAAUUCGAUCCCGAAAGAUUCACAACGGAUAAUUGUGCUAGUCGACAUCCAUUCGCUUACAUACCAUUUAGUGCUGGGCCACGCAAUUGCAUUGGUCAGAAGUUUGCAAUGUUAGAAUUGAAGACAUUCAUGGCUGAACUAGUGUACAAUUUUCAUUUGAUACCUAUUGAUACAGCAGCAAACAUACGUCUAAAAUUAGAUAUGGUCGUACGACCCGAGAACCCUAUUUACGUUAAGCUCGUUCCUAUUGAAAGGAGAUAAAUUAUUAUGUUUUUAAAUUAAUUUUUGUAUUCACUUUGACUGUCGAUAAAAUUAGAUUUAUUACUGUUUUUCAAUGAAAUUAUAUGCGCCGAUUUCAUGCAUUUGUAAAUCUGAUAUUACGUAAGAACGGAUUUUAUAUUGAUAGCUACUACAAUGACAUCAAUGAAUAAUGUAAAAAAAUUUACUACAAACACAAUAAUUGUUUGAUAAAUUAACGUUGAUUGAUAACAAUAAAAUAUAGUAUUUAAUUUUCUUGACUUCGGUAAGUGUCAUCUCUACUUAUACUGAUGUCACAUGGUAAAAGAAUGAAAUUACGUCGAAAACACUACGGAUUCGGGAGUCAUUUAUUUAAUCAAUUGUGAUAAGUGAUUAUCGUCAAACAUUAGAAGACGUGAUCCCAACAUAUAUAGUGAUUACACAUACUACGAUAAAAAAAAGUUUCCUACAUUCGGAGCUUAAAAUGUCAACGACGAGAAGCAGUGGA